UUUGAGCGAUUUGAAUUUGAGUUUCACUUCAAUUCAAUGGAUACCAAUAAUUGGAGGCCUAAUCCGAUUCAAGCCCACGUUGGGGGAGGAGGAGGACCAGGAGCAGUACGCGCAGGAGGCGGAGGAGAACCCACCAUGGACACCGGCGAUUGGAGGAUCCAAUUACCGCUCGAUUCUCGUCAAAGAGUUGUGAACAAAAUAAUGGAUACAUUGAAGAGGCAUCUUCCCACUUCUGGCGAAGAGGGAUUACAUGAACUCAAGAAAAUAGCCACAAGGUUUGAGGAAAAGAUUUAUGCUGCUGCCUCAAGCCAGUCAGAUUAUUUACGAAAAAUAUCUCUGAAGAUGCUUACAAUGGAGACCAAGUCUCAGAAUCCUAUAGGCAAUUCUUUGCCAUCCAAUGCUGCUGGCAGUAGCAAUAACCCCCGAGAUUCAGUGUCUCUAGAUUUCAUGGCUCAGACAGGACAUGCAAAUGGGGGUGAUUGGCAAGAAACGGCUUCUCAAGAGUUUGAGCGAUUUGAAUUUGAGUUUCACGUCAAUUCAUUGGAUAACAAUAAUUGGAGGCCCAAUCCGAGUCAAGCCCCCGUUGGCAGAGGAGGAGGACCAGGACCAGGAUCAGGAGGUGCUGGAGGCAGAGGAGAACCCACCAUAGACACCGGCGAUUGGAGGACCCAAUUACCGCUCAAUUCUCGUCAAAGAAUUGUGAGCAAAAUAACGGAAACAUUGAAGAGGCAUCUUCCCAUUUCUGGCGAAGAGGGAUUACAUGAACUCAAGAAAAUAGCCACAAGGUUUGAGGAAAAGAUUUAUGCUGCUGCCUCAAGCCAGUCAGAUUAUUUACGAAAAAUAUCUCUGAAGAUGCUUACAAUGGAGACCAAGUCUCAGAAUCCUAUAGGCAAUUCUUUGCCAUCCAAUGCUGCUGGCAGUAGCAAUAACCCCCCAGAUUCAGUGUCUCUAGAUUUCAUGGCUCAGACAAGACAUGCAAAUGGGGGUGAUUGGCGAGAAACAGUUUCUCAAGAGAUCAAAGCCGUGAAGGAGAUGUUGGAAUCUUUUGAGAAGCAGAUAUUAGAUUUUAUAGACACAAAUAGGCCAAGGAGUCCUGUUUCUUCACUGCAGCAAGGACAGCUUUCCCCGCCACAUGUGCACCCUAUGCAGCAGCCUCAUGAAAAUCAAAUGAACUCUCAGUUGCAAUCAAUGAACUUACAAGGUUCUGUAGCAGCUCUAGAUUCCACGGCUCAGACAGGAUGUGCAAAUGGGGGGUGAUUGGCAAGAGGAGGUUUAUCAAAAGGUAAUAUGGGAUGACUUUGCAAAAUUCACCUGUAGAUUUUGGAGGAAAAGUUUCUUGUGGAGGUUGUUGGAUUUGAGUCUGGGUGAAAUAUGGGAUAUGAAUAGAGAACAAAGCUUACCAUCUUUAUUUUUAUAGGGUUAGAAGAAUUAUCUUAACAGUAUAGAAUAUGGACUCUUCGUUUUUUGUUUUCAGAAACAAAGACAUUGUUGAAGCA